GAUUUAAAUCCCCCUUUAAUCACGCACCUAAAAUCUCUUCAGUUUCUCACUCUCCGCAUCUUUUUUCUUUCUUUUUUUUUUUGCUCUCAUCACCGCCGGGAAAAAAAAAUCCCGCCGGAGAAAAAUGUCAGAAGAUUUCGCAAUUCGAGUGGAGCAAGGUCUUAAGCUCGCAAGACGGAUUUACUACGGCAAAGGCAUCACUCCUCCUGCAGUCCCGGAUCCUCCUCAGUCAUCGCCGGAGAAUUUUCUUCCGACGGCGAUUACGGCCUAUGCUUCAAUCACAGAUCCGGUGGCGGUGGAUAACGCCGACGUGCCUAGCUACCAGCCGUACGUGCACGCACGUUGCGAUCCGUCGGCGCUCGUGCCGCUUCAGAUGCUCGGGAUAGAGAUGAGAGUAGAGUGCUGGCUCGACACGGCGAUAGUCACCGUCACCGGACGGUGGCGCGUGCACUGCGUUAUGCCUAGCAAACGCUUUGACUGCUGCGUCGCUGUUCCCAUGGGGGAGAAGGGUUCACUUCUGGAAGCUCAGAUUGAUGUUCCGAGCAAUGAGAAAUCUUACUUGACCAAACUAGUUACAGAGGAAGAAACCUCUGAUUUUGAUAAUGUUCACAGAGACAAAGAUUCACGUUUCUUGAAAUCUUCAAUCUUUACUUUCAAGAUCCCACAUGUUGAUGGAGGAUCCAUCUUUUCGGUUAAUGUGAAAUGGUCUCAGAAAUUGGUCUACAAAGACGGCAAGUUUCAUCUGAAUAUACCUUUUAGAUUCCCUGCUUAUGUGACCCCUGUAGGGAAAGAGAUCACUAAACGAGAAAAGAUUGAGUUAAACAUGAAUUCUUGUGUUAAUGGCGGCGAAAUAGCUUGCAGUUACUCAAGCCAUCCUUUGAAGGUGCUUCGCCGUGAAGCUGGUAUGUUAAACUGUGAGUACGAAGCUGAAGUACCAUCUUGGUCAAGGGUUGACUUUAGUGUUUCAUUCAAUAUUGAUGAUAUCAGGAUCCUUCCACAGGUUUCCUCUGGUGAUCUUAGUGGCCAUGUUUUGGUCAAGUCUCCAUCACCGUGGGAUCCAGAUGAAAGGGGAAUGUUCUGUUUGUAUCUUUUCCCUGGAACCACCAAGCAUAAGCAGAUCUUCAAGCGAAGAGUCGUGUUUGUGAUCGACAUAAGUGGAAGCAUGAAAUGGAAGCCGCUCGAGGAUGUAAAGAAGGCGCUAUUAGAGUCUUUGGCGAAGCUAGAAGCUGAAGACGUUUUCAACAUAAUCGCCUUCAAUGACGACAUUCUAGAGUUCUCAACUUCAAUGGAGUUUGCAACAGAUGAAACUAUCUCUUCUGUGACUGAAUGGCUCGAUAGUAAUCUAAUCGCAAGUGGUGGAACAAACAUGCUACUUCCACUCCAACAGGCAAUGAAGCUUCUUGAAGGAAGCAAGAAUGGAGUUCCUCUUGUAUACCUUGUCACUGAUGGAUCUGUUGACAAUGAGAGAGAGAUAUGUAAUGCCAUGAAAGAAUGUUGUAGCAGAAACGGAAAAUCGAUUUCUCCUCGGAUAUCAACCUUUGGCAUUGGUUCGUUUUGCAACCAUUACUUCUUGCAAAUGCUAGCGCGGAUAGGGAAUGGUUACUAUGAUGGCACGAACAAUACAGAUUCAUUCGAGCAUCAGAUGAGUAGACUAUUCGAUUCAGCUUCUUCAACGAUUGUAGCCAAUACCACUUUCGAUGCUCUUAAACUACUCCGUUCAGUCGAGCUGUUUCCUUCUAAGGUUCCAGACAUUACGCUGGGCCAACCAUUGAUCUUGUCUGGAAGAUACAAAGGAGAGUUCCCAGAUGAAGUUGAACUCAGAGGCACAUUGGCUGAUAUGAGCUGUUUCACAAUUGAGUUAACAGUGCAGAAAGCUAAGGACAUUCCUCUAGAUAAGGUUAUUGCAAGGAGACAAAUCGAUGAACUCACUGCUCGAGCAUGGUACGAAGACAAGAAAGAGCUAGAAGAGAAGGUCACGAGACUGAGUAUACAAACAGGGUUUCCUAGUGAGUACACGCAAAUGGUUCUAUCACUCAAACAAAACGAGGAAGAGAAGACUAUGGAGAGACCAGUUUCAAUCAAAGAGAUUCUCAGGAACCCAUCGUACCAAAUCCACAAACAGAUGCAAAGGAACAGCGAGAGGACGAGUUUGCUUGGGAAGCAAGGGUUUGGGUUCGGUAACGUGUUGGCGACGUUAAAGAACGUGCCGCCGUGGAUGGAGGAGCCCAAGGAGCCGGAAGGAACUGAGAUUCUGAUAAGAGCGGCGUCGGGAGUGGUGGAUCGCGUUUGCUGUAUGUGUUGCUUGCGGUGCCUUUCGAGGGUUAGUGAUCAGUGCACAAUCGUCUUCUCACAGCUUUGUGCAGCAUUGGCUUGUUUCCAGUGUAUUGGUUGCUGUUUCGAAGUCUGUGGCUGUCUUGAUCUCUAAUAAAAUCCAGGACAUUGUAUUGUGUAACUUGUAAUAGACACAAAAUAAAAUCAAGGAAAUGUAAAUCAAAUAAUGGAUUUACUUUCUUGAGGCAAAAAAAAAAAGUGAAAAUAAUACAACUAUAAUGUGUAAUUAACAUUGGAAUUCUGAUGUAAGCCAAGUUUGAAAAUACAAGACUAAUGGAGUUGACUAGUAAAUAUACAGUUCUUG